AUGAGUUCUGGUAUUCAGCGCAAACGACUAGCUUGCGUCGAGUGCACUCGUCGCAAAAUCAAAUGCGACAAGACCGUACCCUGUCGCAACUGUACCCGGAAGGGCACACAAUGCUCUCGUGCUCAGGCGCGGGACUCCCCGAGCCUGGAAGUGGCUCGACCUGACACGCAGGCUGGGACUUCCCUAUUCCCCCAGUCAACCUCUGAAGCAUAUAAGAUCAUUGACGGGCUGAAAUCCAAGAUUAAUUGUCUCGAGGCCGAACUCAGCGCGGCUAACGAGGCCGCCACGCGCGCACGAACACCAACGCCCUCGUACCAUUUCAGUAGCACGACAUACUCUCCUGCAAAUUCUCUAGUAUAUCAUCCGAUCGCUGGAUCUGUAUCAAACUCUAGUAAAGCUAGUUCCAUUCAAACGCCAAACGAGGUUGAAGAUGCAGCAACAAUCCUGGAGUUUCUCGCCUGGGGCCGUCGCAAGGACCCUUCCUACCAAGAUGACAUUGCAAAAAGAAACGACAUGCCUCAUUCGCCCGGAGAUUUACCUGUUGAGGAUGAUUGGAACGGCUUGCAUACUUCGGGUCUCUCAAUGAUGAGUUUCUGCGAGCUAUUACUGCCGAUUAAACAGAAAGUUCACGAGCUCGUCACUUAUCACUGCGAGUGUUUGCUAUGGUAUCAUGGAGCAUUCCACGCAACGACGUUUCUCCAAGAGCUAGAAGAUUUCUAUGCUCGGGCAGGCGGACGCAUUGAUGGAUCUGGCGUUGAUUUACAGUGGAUGUCACUUCUCUUCGCCGUACUCACUGGGUCAAUAGCCAGUGCUCCCACGGCCACCACUCAAGCUUGGGGGUUCCGUGAUCAGGAGAAGAGAGCUUUAUCCCAUCGAUGGCUCAAGGCUUCUGUUGCUUGUCUCCACCAGGCGAAUUACAUGGCCUGUCACUCUGUAUAUGCUGUCCAGGCCAUCGCGACGCUAACCAUAUCUGCCCACAUGCUUGGGAAAUCCAAUAGCUUCUCUGUACUUCUGGCCGCUGCUAUCAGGAUUGCACAGGGCCUUGGGCUGCAUCAGCUCGAUGCGGAUCAGGAAUCAACGUCCUGUGACCCAUUAAGCCAGGAAAUCGGCCGUCGCAUAUGGUGCCAGCUCUGUAUCCAGGACUGGUUUUCCAUUCCCUUCACCGAAAGUUAUUUGAUUCACCGAAAGUGCUUUAAUACUGAGAGACCUGGAAAUUGUGACAAUCAUCUUAUUCCCAUUUCAGAAGACCAGCCGACUGUUACAGGCUACUCCCGUCUCUUUUAUAACAUCGCAUAUCUGAUGCCAGGCCUCUACGAUGACUUCACUUCUUCUAAUACUUUGUAUACGCGAUACGAAGAGGUUCUGAAGUACGAUCGGCGAUUACGCACGCUGGCGACGCAACAUCUUCCUCGCUACUUACAAAAUGUCCCUCUAGAUCCAUCUUGGCCAAGCUAUGUUCCCUGGGCGAGACGAAGCUUGGCCAUCAGCUCUUCUCACAAGGUGAUCAUGAUUCAUCGGAAAUUCUUGAGCCUGAGCUUUGUAAAUCCAAUGUUUGAGUUCACUCGAAAGACUUGCGUUGCUGCUUCCCGCACCAUCAUUAAAGAACAGAAGGAGGCCACACUUGAGAAUGGGCCAGUUUUGUGGAUACAUCAAGCAUUCAGCGUAACUGCAAGUAUAAUUCUUUGUCUUGAUAUGUUUCAUCGACCUACGGCAGAUAGCCAGUCAUCACAAAAUCGACAAUUUGUUGAAGAUGGCAUUGCAAUUCUUUCCCAUUGUGAUUCGGACAUGAUUGCUCGUCGUGGCGUGCCAUUGAUUAAAGCGAUGCUCCAGGCCGAGGAGAGGCGAUCUGGUUCACCCGACUCGCACGAAGCGCAAGCGUUCGAUAAAGCAGGCAUGGGUUUGAACAUUGCGUCCAUAAUUCAAACAUUCUAUAAAAAAGACCGGAGUGGCCUAUCCGGAGACUCGCCAGAUAUUCCUCCGGUGGAAUCCAGCACCAGGACAUUGGGCGACCUUUUGAUGCCGUUUGGGGUGGACUAUGCGGAAGGACUCGACGACAUUUUAAGUCUUGCAACUAACUGUCUCAACUGA